CAGUUAACGUAACAGGGGUCCGAGUUUUCCUACCCUAAGAAUUUUUCUUCCAUUUUUAUAAUUACCAAGUUAAAAGCCGAAGGAUGAUUUCUUCUCUCUCGGAUAUAAAACUUAAAGUUCAAAGACUUUCAGCCCAGGCUACUCUCCCCGUUCGAGCGACCGAGUUUUCGGCUGGAUACGAUUUAUUUAGUUCUAGCGACAUUGUAGUUCCUGCAAAGGGGAAGGAGCUUAUCAAAACUGACAUCGCAAUUGCUAUUCCCCCCAAUUGCUAUGGGAGGAUAGCUCCUCGCUCCGGGCUGGCUUGGAAGUUAUCUGUAGAUGUUGGUGGAGGAGUCGUCGAUGCUGACUACAGAGGCCCGCUAGGAGUUAUUCUUUUUAAUCAUGGCGAAAAGGAUUUUUCAAUUAAGAGGGGAGAUCGGGUAGCACAAUUAAUCUUGGAAAAGAUUAUUACCCCUACUGUGGAAGAAGUCAGCCCGUCACGUAGGAAUUGGAGCCCACUGCGCGCGGCUCUGGUGGUUUUGGCUCUACAGGAAUGAAAGAUUUACACCUGUAGGCAUAUACA